AUGUGCCUAAGCUGGAACUGUCGUGGGCUUGGGAACCCACUGACAGUUCAACACUUGCACCAACUGGUGCAAGCAAAGCUCCCAACCUUUGUUUUCUUGAUGGAAACAAAGGCCAGAAGAAGCAGUGUUGAAAGGCUUCAGAGGCAAUUGCAUUUUUCCAACAGUUUUAUAAUUGAAAGUAAAGGGUUUAGUGGAGGUCUAGCCCUCUUCUGGAGUGAGGAUGUGGUUGCUGAGGUUUUGUCAUACUCUCAGCACCAUAUAUCCUUACUGAUCUGUGGGGACACAGGUAGUAGAGAGUGGGCUCUUACAGGCUUCUAUGGAAACCUUGAAACAACAAAGAGAGGGGAGAGCUGGCUACAAGCCCUCAAGCCUGCCAUGGAGGUGGGGUGGUUGUGUGUUGGUGAUUUUAAUGAGAUACUUAGCUCAGGAGACAAGAGUGGGGGCAGGUCAGGACAAGCUUUUAUCAAAGAAAGGAUUGAUAGAGCUCUAUGUAAUAUGGCAUGGUCUGAACUAUUCCCAUUCUCCAAGUUUGAAGUUAAUUCAACCAGAAAAUCCAGACCCUUCAGGUAUGAGGCCAGCUGGGCCUUGAGAGAAGAUUUCUAUGAAGUACUGGAGAAGGCAUGGAGUUCAUCGAGAAGGGUUGAUAACAAGCUACACCAGGUCAUAGAAGGCCUGAACCAGUGCAGAUUGGAUUUGGUAAAGUGGAACAAGCAGUAUGCUGGAAACUACAGGGUUGAGCUAAAAAGACUUUGGGACCAGGUGUCUGAACUACAAAAGGAUAAUGAAGGCCACCUAACAGAAAAUAUAAAGCAAGUGCAAAGUAAAAUAGAGAAGCUGCUUGAAGAAGAUCACAUCAAGUGGAAACAAAGGGACAAACAAAAGUGGCUGAAAGAAGGGGAUAGAAACACAAAGUUUUUUCAUCAAUGUGCCACACAAAGAAAGAAAGUAAACCAAAUCAAAAGGCUAAUCGAUGAUAGUGGGCAAGAAAUCACAUCAACAGCAGGGAUAUCUAAUUUGUUCCAAGAAUACUUUCAAAAUUUAUUCUCCUCUUCUAACCCUGUGAAUAUUGCAGAUUGCCUAGAGCCAAUGGAGGCCACUGUCACAGAAGAGCAAAAUAGAAUGCCGCUGAGGCCUUACAUUCAGCAGGAGGUGAAGGUUGCUCUCUUUCAAAUGGAAGGGCUUAGCUCUCCUGGCGCUGAUGGGUAUCCUGCAAACUUCUACCAAAAGCACUGGAAGUUAGUGGGUGAUCAACUCAGCACUGCAGUGCUGCAUGUCCUAAAUGAAAAUGGCAAUCUAUCUGAAAUAAACAGCACCUACAUUACUCUUAUUCCCAAGAAGAAAAUUCCUACCAAAGUCUCUGAAUUCAGACCCAUCUCGUUGUGCAAUGUCUUAUACAAGUUGAUCUCCAAAAUCCUAGCCAAUAGACUCAAGAAAAUACUUCCUUCCAUAAUAUCCCCAUCUCAAUCAGCUUUUGUACCAAACAGACUAAUCACAGACAAUGUAAUUGUUGCCUUUGAGGCUCUACACACAAUGAAGGCCAAGAUGACAGGAAGGGAGGAAGCACUUAGCAAGCUCAUUGGCAGAGCUGAGGCAACUGGUGCAGUUCAUGGAGUACCAAUAGCAAGAGGUCCACUUCGAGUAUCUCAUCUCUUCUUUGCUGAUGAUAGUCUCUUGUUUUGCAAGGCCAAUGCUUUUGAGUGGGGAAGGCUAAUAAACCUAUUGAGAGUCUAUGAAGAAGCUUCAGGACAAAGGCUAAAUAUGGACAAGACAUCCAUUAUGUUCAGCAAGAACACCUCCAGAUUAACCGAAUACUACAUCCUGUCAGUUGCAGGAAUGAGGUCCUCUAUGACCUAUGAAAAGUAUCUCGGAUUGCCAUCCAUUGUGGGGAGAAGCAGAACUAGUUCCUUCAAAAACAUUCUGGAUGCAGUUAGAAGGAAGGUUAGUGGAUACAAAGUGAAAAGUCUAUCUCAAGCUGGGAAAGAAGUCUUCAUAAAAGCAGUAGUCCAAGCCCUUCCCACCUACACAAUGAGUGUCUUCAAAUUGCCCAAGACCUUGUUGCACUCCAUCAAUAGUGUCAUCAAUAACUUUUGGUGGGGCCAAAAGGAGAGGGAACACAAAAUCCAUUGGAUUUCCUGGAAAAAUAUGGGAAAAGCUAAAUCUGAAGGGGGCAUGGGUUUUAAGGACCUCGAGUGUUUUAAUAUGGCAAUGUUAUCUAAACAAUGCUGGAAACUUCUACAAGAGCCUGGCUCAAUUGCAGUAAAAGUUUUGAAGGCCAAGUAUUUUCAAAAUAGCUCAUUCAUGUCAGCCAAACUGGGGUCAAAACCAUCUUUUCUGUGGAGAAGCUUCAUGGCAGCAAGACAAGUGGUGAAAGCAGGAACUUGUUGGAGGAUUAGCAAUGGAAGAGAGGUUCAAAUCUGGCAGGAAAAGUGGCUUGGCCAUCUAGUGCCCAGGAAGGUUAUGAGUCCAGUAGCACAGCUUGAUAGCAAGGCAACGGUCUCUGAACUAAUUGACCAAUCCUCAGCUCAGUGGAAGGAAACACUUGUGAGGGAGGUCUUUGAGGAGAGGGAAGCAGAAUUGAUACUACAAACCCCACUAAGCUCAAUGAAUGCUAAGGAUAGAGUAAGCUGGCAAGGGACAAAGGAUGGCAAGUUUUCAGUGAGGAGUGCUUAUCACAUGGAAAAGGCACGAGAGCAAGAAGAGAAGGGUCAAGCCUCUUGUAGCAAUAGACUCAAGGAAGUGUGGAAACAACUGUGGAAACUAAAGGUACAGCCAGGUAAUAAGGUGUUUGUAUGGAGGGCAUGCCUCGAGGCCCUCCCAACUCGAACCAGUUUGAAGAAGAAAAGGAUAGUGGACCACCCACUAUGCCCUGUGUGCCAUCAGGAGGAAGAGUCAGUGGUGCAUGCAGUUUGGACCUGUGUCUCAGCUAAGGAUGUCUGGAGUCUAGCCUCUAAAAAGCGACAAAAAAUGUGUCUGUCCCCCUCUUUGUUUGUGGAUCUCUCUGAAUCUCUCCUGCACGUGUUGGAUGAGUUUUCAAUUCAAGAGUUUGUUGUAGUGGCUAGGAGGAUUUGGUGGAGGAGAAAUUGCCUUAUUUUCAAUAAUGAUUUCAAGCACCCCAAGUCAGUGAUAAGAGAAGCUCAAGCUACAUUGGCCCUGUUACAAGGAGAGAACAACAACAUAACCCCCAAUCCAGCUCAGACCUGCCUGUCUCCUGCUGUCUGGACUAAUCCUCCACCACAUUGGUAUAAAAUCAACUGGGACAGUUCAGUAAGUAAGCAGAAAAGCCUAGAAGGAGUUGAAGUGAUUGUAAGAGACUACGAGGGGCAUGUUAUGGCAACCAUGAGACACAACAAACAUCUGUUCCCAGACCCUUUACUUGCUGAGUCGUAUGGGGCUCUUCAAGCUGUUAAGUUUGGGAUGGAUUUAGGCUUGAGACAAGUCAUCUUAGAAGGUGAUUCUCUGCAGGUGAUAAAUACCCUCCGUGAAGAUAAGGAAGGCUUUAGUAGUGCAUUAAUGUUCUUGUCUGAAACAAAAGUCUUGUUGAAACAGUUUGCUAAAUGGGAAAUUUCUCAUGUUAAGAGAAAUGGCAAUGUGUUAGCCCAUGUUUUAGCAAAAGAUUCUCUUUCCAUUAUUGAUUUGGUUGUAACAGUGGAGGAUGUUCCUCAGCGUAUCUUCCCAUUAAUUCAAUGA